CAAUUGGUCACUAGUCCCUAAGUUCAGUGACCAUACCUGUAAAUUCGCCCGCAGGGAGAGCCCGCCUUGGAUCAAACUCUCUCCGUCUCUCGUGUCUCGUCUCGUCUCGUCUCGUCAUCGCGAGUUAAUCCAAAGAUUUUAAAACAAAAAGAAAAAGAAAGGUCUUUGCUUGAAAAUCAGUUGCCGGCCGGCGUAAUCCCCAAAUCACCGGCCAAAAUUCCAAUUUGGGAGAGAAGCGCGAUGAAGGGACUAACCCUUUCCCCAGCAAACCAUUGUUUUCCCAAUCUCCCUGGCAAAAUCCCAACAACAGACCCACAACCACUACAGAAAUGCUACCCGAUUCAAUCCAUCACCAAACAUCGUCGACAAUCCCUCAUUCUCCCUUCCAUCGCCGUCAAAUCCUCCCAAAACCCUCAUCAAUUCCCGCCGAUCCAGCAGCACGAUUCGCCGCCUCUGGUCGUGGUGGGCUCCGCUAACGCCGACAUAUACGUCGAAAUCGACAGGCUGCCAAAGGAAGGAGAGACCAUCUCGGCCAGCAACGGCCAGACGCUCGCCGGCGGGAAGGGCGCCAACCAGGCUGCCUGCGGCGGCAAGCUUUCUUACCCGACUUACUUUGUGGGUCAGGUCGGAGAGGACGCUCACGGGAAUUUGAUCGCUGAAGCUCUCAGAAAUGGCGGGGUGCGCCUCGAUCAUUUGAGGAACGUUGGUGAUGGUGUGCCGACUGGGCAUGCCGUCGUGAUGCUGCAGUCGGGUGGGCAGAACUCCAUUAUCAUUGUUGGUGGAGCUAACAUGAGCUGCUGGCCUGAGAAGCUGGGGGACCAGGAUUUGGAGAUUGUGAAGAAUGCUGGGAUUGUUUUGCUCCAGAGAGAGAUUCCUGAUUCCGUGAACAUCCAAGUUGCCCAGGCAGCAAACGAUGCUGGCGUUUCCAUAAUUUUGGAUGCUGGUGGAAUGGAUACGCCUAUACCAGCUGAACUGCUCAAAUCCGUGGACAUCUUUAGCCCGAAUGAAACUGAGCUUGCCCGAAUCACUGGGAUGCCAACUGAAAGCUUUGAGCAAAUUGAAGAGGCUGUCAAGAAGUGCCACAAUAUGGGAGUAAAACAGGUCUUAAUGAAGCUUGGUUCCGAAGGGUCGGCCUUAUUUGUAGAAGGCGAAAAGCCGAUUAAGCAGCCUAUCAUACCAGCAGCAAGAGUUCUGGACACUACAGGAGCUGGAGAUACUUUUACUGCUUCCUUUGCAGUUGCACUUGUAGAAGGGAAGUCAAAAGAAAGAUGUCUGAAAUUUGCUGCUGCAGCAGCUUCUCUUUGUGUUCAAGUCAAGGGAGCCAUCCCCAGUAUGCCUGAUCGGGCGUCGGUUACCGAUCUUCUUCAAACUGCCCAAGUUUCUUGAAGGAGAGGUAAAGACUAUAGAUGUUUUCUAGCUUCAGAAAGGCUAGAAAAGAAAUUUUCAGUAGUCUCAAAGGCAAGAGGAUAGAAAUUUGUUCCAUUCAAGAUCUGUGAGUGACGGACUGUAGCAUUAAGGAAGCUAUAUGCUUCUUCUCUGUCUCAUCAGUCAUCAGUGUAUGAAUAGAGCUUAGAGACAACACUUCAUCUAUAUAACUCACUUACAGCUGCAUUUACACAUACUCAUCAAUCAAAAUGACAUAAUCAUCACGAUGUUCC